GAUCUGUCGCUCUUCCCGGCUUGGCAGACGCCGGAAAGCGCCUGUCAAUGAUGAUGAAGACUAUUGGAGUCGGAAUCUGGAAGCAAAGCUUAUCAGCAAGCAAUGGUUGAGUGAAGUAUGACACUUGCCUAGCAGUUGGAUAUGGCUUCAUUCGAGUAUAUAUACUCCACGUGAGAACCUUGAUGGCCAACUUCCUGCUCCUCAUCCCUCACCAGCAUCGGCAAGAUCAACCCAGCAUUACCUUCCUCGCCUUCUUUGUCCAACCUUCACCAUGAAGUUCCUCACCGGCCUCUCCUGCUUCGCCGCUGUUGCCAGCGCCGUUGUCGUCGACCUCAACAAGCGCGACAGCCCCCUCGAUGUCAAGAUCGAGUCCACUGGCAACACCGCCAUCAAGGCGAGCAUCACCAACACCGGUGCCUCUGACCUCAAGGUCCUGAAGGCUGGUUCCAUCCUCGACAAACUCGCUGUCGAGAAGGCUGAGGUCUUUGCUGGCUCCGACAAGGUCGAGUUCGACGGUAUCCGCCUUCGCCUCGGCACCAACGGCCUUCCCGAGGAUGCCUUCCAGGUCAUCUCCGCCGGCGAGACCGUCUCUGUUGAGUGGAACUACGGUGAAGUCCACGACCUCAGCGUCGGUGGCAAGGUCGAUGUUGCCGCCAAGGGCGCGCUCUCCAUCGCCGAGGUCGGCAGCAACGACAUCACCAGCACCGCCUCCUUCAGCUCAAACGUCUUGAGCGUCGAGGUUGACGGCGCCGCCGCCUCCAAGGUCCGCCGCGACUUCCGCGAGAACGUCAAGCGCACCGUCGUCCAGUCCGACUGCACCGGCACCCUGCGCACCGCUACCACCACCGCUCUCUCCAACUGCCGUGCCCUCGCUGCCGCCGCUUCCUCCGCCGCCUCUACUGGCGCCGCUGCCAAGAUGGUCGAGUACUUCAAGUCCUCUUCCACCGCUACCCGUACCACCGUCGCUGGCGUCUUUGCCAAGGUCGCCACCGAGUGCGGCAGCACCACCUCUGGUGUCUCCAAGCAGUACUGCACCGAUAUCUACCCUGCUUGCUCUUCCGGUGUCAUCGCUUACACUCUUCCCUCUGCUUCUUACAUGGUCAACUGCCCCUACUUCUUCAACAGCCUUACUGCUCUCUCCAGCACCUGCCACGCUCAGGACCGCGCCACCACUGCCCUUCACGAGGUCACCCACUUGACCCAGAUCAAGGGUACCACCGACCAGAGCUCCUGCUACGGCUACAGCUGUGUCCAGAGCUUGACCGCUGCCCAGAACCUCAACCACGCCGACACCUACGCCCUUUUCGCCAACGCCAUCUACGUCGGCUGCUAA